ACAAAUAGACGCCAUUUUGAUUUAGAUUACUUCUUGCACUCGGCACGCAGUUACAUCGAGACUUUCGCAUGAAGUGUUUGUAAAAAUAUGUUUUCAAAGGUGAUUUAAUCGUCAGAAUGCGUAUAUCUUUCUGUACGUGAGUUAACCCGAUAAAUUGUGCGACCUCAGUCAUCUUUACUUCAUUAUCUACGAUAACCAAUGUGUUUGUGAAGAUAUAGUGUGGUAUGAUAGUCCAUGCUAUAGUAGUAGCUGUGAAACAUGGCGAAGGAAAUAGCAGAAGAGUACGCGUCCAGCUUGGCGGAUCUAACCGUCAACAGCAAACCUCUGAUAAACAUGCUCACAAUACUCGCAGAAGAGAAUAUCGAGCACGCAGGGGUUAUUGUUGAAACCGUGGAGAAACACUUGGAGAAGGUACCUCCUGACAUCAAGCUGCCAGUUCUCUAUUUAGUUGAUUCAAUUAUCAAGAAUGUUGGUGGUGCAUACACACAGAAGUUCUCCCAGAUAAUUGUUAACAUCUUCACUAAGACUUUUAAACAGGUAGAUGAAAAAGUACGUUCACAGAUGUUCAAACUUCGUGAGACUUGGCAUGAGGUGUUUCCGUCUAUGAAGUUGUAUCAGCUGGACGUUAAAGUGAAUCUGAUCGAUCCCGCUUGGCCGAUUCAAGCUCAACCACAACAGUCUAACAUCCAUGUAAAUCCAAAUUUUCUGAAAAAGUCGACGCCCACCACGAGCGCGGCGCCGCUGUCGGCGGACGAGGAGCGGAUGCGCAGCGUGCUCGCCAAGAAGGAGCAAGAGCUGCUCAUGCUGCAGAGAAAGAAGGUCGAAAUGGAGCUCGAGCAGACUAGGCGGCAACUGCAGCUGGCGGAAAAGAAUUCUAAAAUGCCCGCCGCGCCGCCCGCGCCCCCCGCGCCCGCCGCGCCCCCCGCGCCCGCCGCGCCCGACGCGCCGCUGUCCGUCAAGCAGAGGCUUGGGCCGCCCGUGCCGCGGCCCGCGCGCAUCGCGCCCGUGAGCGCCGCGCUGGCGGCCGCGCGCCGCGACCCGCGCCUGGCGCGCCGCGCGCCGCCCGCGCCGCCCGCGCCCGCCGCGCCCGCCGCGCCCGCCGCGCCCGCCAUCGCCCCCAACGUGUUCGACAUCAAGCCGCUCGAGCGCGACGUCACCGUCACCAAGCGCAAGAACGUCAUCACCAUCGACGUGCGCGGCGAGGCGGACGCGUACGCGCAGCGCCUGCGGCCGGCCGCGCGCCUGCCGCCCAUCCCCAAGCUGAGCCGCGCGCGGCCCGCCGACGCGCCGGCCAAGCGCCGCAAGGAGCCCGAGCGCAAGAAGCGGCGCGACCGGGAGCCGCCCGCGCCCGCCGCGCCCGCGCCCGCGCCGCCGCCCGACCGGCGCGCGCGCCGCCCGCGGGAGCGCAAGGCCAAGGCGCCCGCGCCGCCCGCGCCGCCCGCGCCGCCCGGCCUCGUCGCCUUCAAGGAGCUCAGGAACUACCACAAGGAGCGCUACAUGCGACGGAAUAAGGAGAAAUCUGAGAGCCCCGAGAGAUUAGAGAGGAUCCCGGUCGAGCUCCCCGAAGAGUCCGCAAAGAAUAAAGAUGUCGAUCUACGGGUAUUACAUCCUGUUAUUACAGAAACAGCUGCACCUGUUGCUCAGAAAAGAUCUUCUAGUGAAACACUAGAAGGAAAGGCUAAGAAAAAUAAACAUGAAAAGUUUGAUAUUCUUUUUGGAAAUGAAGACGUAGAUCUUCGUAAACUACCUAAAGUAGAGGAAGUGAACGCUCCUCCGCCGCCAUCGAUAACUGAUAGUAAGCCAAAUAUGAAGGUUAAGUUAGACCCUGACGAGGAAGAAGACGAUAUUGUUUCUCCUGUCAGAUCACCAAGAAAAGAUUGGCAGGAAGUUAAAGAAAAGGAGGAUACAAAGAAAACUCCAUCGAAAUUAGAUCUCGUUAGAGCGAAGUUAGCAGAAGCUACCAAGGGAAAGGAUGGUCUUGGGCGACCUUUAUUAUUCAGUAAAUCACCAAGCAUAGAAAGAGAACGACGUCGUACAUUUAGUUCAGAAGAACCGGACGCAAGAACAGAUAACGUGGAAGAUUUUGAUGCGGAAGAUCACAAAAAAACUAUAUCUAUAAUCAUGAAUCAGGCUAAAGAACAGUUUAGUGACGGCGAGCUAGACAAGAAUCAAUAUAAUGCCUUAAUGUAUCAAGUUCUUCAACUUAAUGAGAAGUUAAAGCUUAAAGAAGCUAAGCAAAGAGAAUCUUUGGAAGUUUCUAAAAGAAAACUGAAAGCACAUAUACAGGAAGAAAACAAAGUGUCCUCACCAAAAAGUUCACCGUCAGAUAGAAAUAAUUAUGGGGAUAUUGAUGAAAGGAUAACCCCAGCUCCGUUUAUGGAUGCGCCAGAUAAAAAAAAUCAUCAACGUCACGAUUCGGAUAUGAGAAUGACUCACAAUGGGGACCAUAUGGAAGGGGGCAAUUCUAUGUUUCCUUUACCGCCCAUGAUGCCUAUGUUUAUGGGGCCCUUCCCAAGGUGGAGAGGACAGCCAAGGCCAAGAAUAGAUGAGUUUGGAAUGCGUCGUUUCAGAGGUCCAGUUCCUCCAUACUAUAGAGGCAAAUUUGACAAGAGAGGGCCACGACCACCUUUCGAGCCGAGAAUGCCUCUCCUUCCAACUCCAAAAGUAGGUAUGUACCAGGGAGAUUCUCCACUACAGCCUUACGAAAGAUCAAAGUCGCCACCUCCACUCGGCGCUCCAGGAUACAAUCUCCCACCUACUGAUUUUAAAAUUUUAGAAUACAUUGAUCAAGAUCCUGUCAAAACGAUACAAAUUGACAAUAUACCUCGGGAAAUCCGAUUUUACGGUGAAACGGCAAUCAUUAUGUUAGACUGGGAUGACCCACGUGAAAUAAAAUUCCUGCCCGGCUCCAGGCGAGUUACCUUUGAUAACAAAGACUCGGUUGUUUUAACUUUUAACGAAGGCUACAAGCAGGUAGAAAUUGAUGAUCAAGUUUUCGAUAUCCGGUUCGGAGCCCCUACCAGAGAGUUAUACAUAAAUGGUCGGUGGUACGAAUGUUUCUUUGGUGGUCAGCCUUUAGGGGUGAUAAUUGACGGAAAGCCUCGCUUAAUACAUUUAGAGGGGCCGUUACCAAAAGUAGACAUUGGUAAAACUAAGCGAACUGAAUUAGUAGCUGGAAAAAUUAAUCUAAUUGUCAAUGCAACUAAUAUUUGUCCUGUAUAUUUGGAUGCAAAAGUACAAAAGUUUCACGUCAAUGGUCAAUACUUUACGAUCCGUUUUGUUGAUUCCCUGCGUACCGUUCUUAUAAAUGAGCAGCCGUUUAAAGUUGAAUUUGGUGACCUCCCGAAACCAAUAUUCGUUGGAGGAGAAAAAUAUUUCGUGCGUUUUUCUGCUUUACCGAAGAACAUUAAACCUGGGCAAAUAGAGAUAGUCGAUAUGGAGGGUGCCGUUUCACCAGUUACGAAAGAACCUGCUGUAACGACAGAAAACGAAGUUGAUAUGGAGGAAGUGAAAGUAGAAGAAACUUUACAAACGUCUCAAGAAACGCCAAGCCCUGAAGUUGAAAUUAAAGGUCUCGACAUGUUAGCAAGUUUAAUGCCGGCCAGUAUUGCACCGGCAUCUAGCUCCGAAUACAGCUCCGCCGAGCCGUUAUUCGCCAAAUCGGAAAGUAAAAUUCCGGGUCUAGAAACGACUUCAGAGGAAAAACCGGCUAGCUCACUACCACUUCUUGGGAAAAUUAACGUUAACGAUCUGUAUGCCAAGCUGGUGGCAACCGGCAUAGUCCCGAUGCUGAACGACGCUAAGCCGGAAGCGAAGAACGAAAAGACUGAAGAUGUCAAACCUAAAACUAAAGAAGAUAAAAAUGUUAUACAUCGAGUCGAUUUACUGAAGUCUGAAACAUUAAGAGUGAAGCAGGCCGGCAUCGUGGCGAAGCUGUACGGCGGCAUGCAGUGCAGCGGCUGCGGGGCGCGCUUCCCGCCCGAGCACACCGUGCGCUACUCGCAGCACCUCGACUGGCACUUCCGGCAGAACCGCCGCGAGCGGGACUCCGCCCGCCGCGCGCACUCGCGCCACUGGCACUACGACCUGUCCGACUGGCUGCAGUACGAGGAGCUGGAGGACCUAGAGGAGAGAGAAAAGAGCUGGUUCGAGACGGGCGCGGCGGACGACGGCGAGCCCGCGGGCGAGGCGGAGGAGAGCCCGAGCGUGGCGGCCGGCGCGCCGCAGCACCACUGCGCGCUGUGCGGGGACCGCUUCCAGCAGUUCUACAACGAGGACAAGGAGGAGUGGCAUCUGAGGAACUCCGUGCGCCACGACCUGCUCUACUACCACCCGCUGUGUCUGCAGGACUACAAGGCAUCUCUAACAAAGGAGGAACCGCCUAAAGAGGAAGUACCGAUGGAAACGUCCAUGGAAGAAGAUAAAACCAUUGAAGCCAUCGAAAUUAAGGACGACGAUGUCAGAGCAGAGAACGCGGACGAGUCCGACUGCGAGUCCGUCGUGGAGGUCGUCGAGCCGGAAGUUGAGCAGAUGGAACCUCUCGAGAUCGACGAGGGCGACGAAGACGAUGUAGUGCUAAAGGCAGAGCCUGUGGAACAAGUCGUCGUCGAGGAUGAGGACACGGACGAUGAGACGGCCGCAGAGCGAGCCAGCCGCGACCAGAAGGCGGAGGUUGAUUUUGCUAAUAUCAAGAUCAAACAGGAACCCAUUGACCCUGAUGACGAACCAAUAAUCACAGCAGAAGUCGAAAGCAUAAUGCCCCCGACAAUUGAUACCACCCCUCACAACACAGUGAUGUCAUCAAUCGACGGCAACGUGCAACUCGAAGACGCCACGACCGCACCGGUGUUUCCACUUGGAGGAAUCCGUAUCAAUAUUUCAAAAUCAAUAACAUCAUUUGUCAAUAAUCAAGAAGAAAAAAUACUGGAGGACGUAAGCGUAGAUGAUGAACCCUUACCUCCUGGUGAGGAACCAGAGUUGGAAUACAAAUUAAAACCGUCACUAGAAGGCGUGCAUUUAAGUAGGCAGCCGCCUGUGCAGAAAGGCAGUGAAUUGUCAGGAUUGUGCUCUGUUAUGUGAAAAAAAAGUGUAAGUGUCAGUAAUAUACUGAAAACCAUGUGGACUCAUGUGUUAUGUUAAUGAGGAUAUUAUUAUGAGGAUUUGCAACAAAGGAAUUGAUGUUAACUAUGUCACUGCCUAAGAUUGUUUACUUGAUUAGUUUACAAAUGUUUGAAGGUUAGAAAAAAGCUGGACUUCUUUUGAUCCAUCUUUUUUUAUUUCCUUGAUUUUGAUGUUGAAACAUAAAAUAAUUAGCAUAAAAAAUUUAAAUUUUCAAAUGUUACUCUUAAAAUAUAUAAUUAGAUUCAAUUGAAAAUAUGCUCAAAAAAAAUCAUUUACUCGGUAGUUACUUGGUGGACAUAAGAUUUAAUUUUUGAUGCUUUUGUUUUAAUUUGUCUUAUAUACUCAGUUUCCAAUACUAAAUAAAUUAGCUGCUCUUAUAUAGUAACAUUUCCCAAUCUAUCUACUAAAUAAAAAGUAAAUAUUGAAAAAAAAGUACUUUACUCUUUAAUAAUGUGUAGUACAAUUUCAUACCUAAUAUAUGUAAUCUAACGGUUUGGAAUUAUUGUCCACUAAUACUGCUGAAAAAUAAAAAUACAAAAAUUGUAUUAAUUAAUUUAAGCAGUUUAUAAAUUGUACUUCUAACAUAUUGUAAGUAAACAAAUACCAUUACGUUAAACAAUGUGAUAUUAAAAUUAAGAUUAGAACGUAUACAUUAUUAAAUGUGUGCGAAUUGUUUUCUUUUAUAAGAAAAUGUGCUAUCACAGUGUAAAUAGAUUUUGUAUAUAAUAUUUGUAUUUUAGUUGUGUAACUUAUGUAUAAAGUAUUUACAUUUGUAAGGUUUUAAGUUAGGUAAAGGAAUCUCUUGUUAUUGUUUUCCUUUAAAAAAAUCUAUUGAUUAAAGCAUGACUGUGGGACACUACAGAAAAUAACAUCCAAUUUUUUAAUAAAUAUCACAAAAUGUGACUUGUUUUAUUUUAAUAAGUACCACUAUGUUUACUCU